CAGAAUGUAAGUUCUUUCCAAAGAAAAUUUGUUGGUGAGGUGAAGAGGUGUGAAGAGCUGGAGCGAAUAUUGGCAUAUUUGGUGCAGGAAAUUAACAGAGCUGAUAUCCCCCUUCCUGAAGGAGAGACCAGUCUUCCUGCACCACCUCUUAAACAAGUUCUAGAAAUGCAGGAGCAGUUGCAGAAGCUGGAGGUUGAGCUGAGAGAAGUCACUAAGAACAAGGAGAAACUGCGGAAAAACUUGCUUGAACUGAUCGAGUACACUCACAUGCUCAGAGUGACAAAAACCUUCGUUAAACGAAAUGUGGAGUUUGAACCCACUUAUGAAGAAUUCCCUUCCUUAGACGGUGACUCUCUGUUGGACUACAGCUGUAUGCAGAGGCUGGCAGCAAAGCUGGGGUUUGUAUCUGGCCUAAUUCACCAAGGAAAAGUGGAAGCAUUUGAAAAAAUGUUGUGGAGGGUCUGCAAAGGGUACACCAUCCUGACCUAUGCAGAGCUGGAUGAACCCCUUGAAGACCCUGAGACAGGAGAAGUCAUAAAAUGGUAUGUGUUUUUAAUAUCCUUUUGGGGAGAGCAGAUUGGCCACAAAGUUAAGAAGAUAUGUGAAUACCACUGCCACGUUUACCCCUACCCAAAUACUGCCAAGGAGCGGAGAGAGAUUCAGGAGGGACUGAACACCCGGAUUCAAGAUCUUCAUACUGUGCUUCACAAAACGGAGGACUAUUUGAGGCAAGUGCUGUGUAAAGCCGCCGAAUCUGUCUACACCCGUGUCAUCCAGGUGAAGAAAAUGAAAGCCAUUUACCACAUUCUGAACAUGUGCAGCUUCGACGUGACAAACAAGUGCCUCAUCGCUGAAGUGUGGCGCCCCGAGGCCGACCUGCAGGGCCUGCAGCGCGCGCUGGAGGAGGGCUCGAGAGAGAGUGGUGCGACAAUCCCCUCGUUUAUGAACACAAUCCCAACAAAAGAAACACCCCCAACUCUAAUCCGCACCAACAAAUUCACCGAGGGCUUUCAGAACAUCGUGGACGCCUAUGGAGUUGGCAGCUACCGAGAAGUGAACCCAGCUCUCUUCACCAUCAUCACAUUCCUGUUUGCCGUGAUGUUUGGAGACUGUGGACAUGGCUUCGUGAUGUUCUUAUUUGCCCUCUUGUUGGUGUUAAACAAAAACCAUCCCAGACUAAAUCAGUCACAAGAGAUCAUGCGCAUGUUCUUCCACGGGCGGUACAUCCUCCUGCUGAUGGGGCUGUUCUCAGUGUACACGGGCCUCAUCUACAACGACUGCUUUUCCAAGUCCGUCAACCUGUUCGGCUCUGGGUGGAGCGUGUCUGCCAUGUACAGCGCCAACCACACUCCAGCGGAGCACCAGAAAAUGGUGCUUUGGAAUGACAGCGUUGUCAGGCACAGCAGGCUCUUACAGCUGGACCCCAGCGUCCCCGGAGUGUUCCAAGGCCCCUACCCUCUGGGCAUCGAUCCUAUUUGGAACUUGGCCACAAAUCGCCUCACUUUUCUAAACUCUUUCAAAAUGAAAAUGUCUGUGAUUUUGGUAAUUAUUCACAUGACUUUUGGAGUCGUCCUGGGAAUAUUUAACCGCUUGCAUUUCAGGAAGAAGUUCAAUAUUUACUGGGUCUCCAUCCCAGAACUUCUCUUCAUGCUGUGCAUGUUCGGGUACCUGAUAUUCAUGAUCAUCUAUAAGUGGCUGGUUUAUUCAGCAGAAACGUCCAGAGUUGCUCCCAGCAUUCUGAUUGAGUUUAUUAAUAUGUUUUUAUUCCCGACGAGUGAAACAAGUACUCUUUACUCAGGGCAGGGACACAUCCAGAGACUACUGCUGGCUGUCACUGCGCUGUCUGUCCCCGUUCUCUUCUUGUGAAAACCACUCUUUCUCUUAUGGCUCCACAAGGGCACAGCUGCUUUGGGAUCAGCAGGAGUGGUUACACGCUUGUAAGGAAAGAUAGCGAGGAAGAAGUUUCUUUGCUGGGAAGCCAAGACAUAGAAGAGGGAACUAACCAAAUGGAAGAUGGAGGUAGAGAAAUGACAUCUGAAGAGUUUAAUUUUGGAGAAAUAUUAAUGACCCAGGCAAUUCAUUCCAUCGAGUACUGUCUGGGCUGAAUCUCCAACACCGCUUCAUACCUAAGGCUCUGGGCACUCAGCCUGGCUCAUGCACGUUUGACAGUCCUCAUCCUUUUGAUCAUGGAAGGGCUUUCUGCAUUUCUUCACGCCAUACGCCUCCAUUGGG